UGGGCAUUUGCUCAAUCGCGCAACGCGCGUGUAAAAAACUAGUAAUAAUAUAAUAAUGAAACUAUGUGUGAAGCCCGCGGGUCUCGAUCAACUAUCUUCAAAUCAACAUCUCUAGCUCUAUCAACUUGUACAAUAAUGAAGCGUGUAAACUCAACCGCCGAUGGGAUCUUCCGUUUUGUCAAAGAGAGAAGUAGAAGCUGUAGGAGAUCCAUGGAGGCAUCAAUCUCUUCGUCUUCCGGCGGAGAAGGAUACGAGUGGGUGAGGAAAGAGCGGGUGGACGCGGUGGUGGUGGGAGCAGGGGUGGUGGGCAUAGCGGUGGCGCGUGAGCUAGCGGUGAAGCAGGGAAGAGAGGUUCUGGUCAUCGACUCCGCACCGACAUUCGGCACCGGAACAAGCUCCCGUAACAGUGAGGUCAUCCAUGCCGGCAUCUACUAUCCUCCCCAUUCCCUCAAGGAAACUAACUCACAAAUGGAGAAAAGCUAAUGGGCAUGCAACUCUAGAAGUAUAAGCAAAAGAACAAAAAUCAUAGCCCUACAAUAAGUUCUUUGAUUUUACAAAGAAGCAAGCAUCUAUGCAACAACCAAUGGGUCUUGCAUGGUAUGCCCUAUUGAUGAUUUGCAGCUCAUGCAAACCAACCAGAAAUUUUCUGUCUUGAACUCAUUGAUGUCAAGACAUACAACUUAGGAAUGGUACAACUAUGUAAUUCUUUGUUUUCAUUUUCCAGAAUGAUCAUAUUAUUUGUUUCUAAUUCUACAAGGAUUGAAAGCAAAAUACUGGGGAAAAAAACAAAUAAUUCAGUUUAUGAGUGCAGAUUCACUUUUUGAAACAUAA